AUGAUCGAGAUUUUGAAGGGGACGGGGUCCAUCAAAUUUGAGUCUAACAUGAUCCACAUUCCUCAGACCGUUGAGAGAGAUAUCAUGCUGACCUGCUCGGAAUACAUUAAACAAGAGUACGAAAGCUCUGACAAUGGUGAAUUCACGGGCGGAUUUGUGGAGGGAUACGACAUAUUCGCAGCGGGUGUAGUCAUCAUUUGUCUUUCUGGAAAGCUAGGCCCGACAUUUGCGGGCGUGAGCACUAUAAAUAAGUGCACAUCUUUGUUAACUACAAUAGGGGAGAGAUUUGCUGGCCUUAAAGUGUUUCGCCGGGUACUUUGGGCACUCUCCGACGCCGUCUCGAGUAACCCGAAUCCCGACCAGAUCAUCCAUGAGCUUCCUCCGAUGAUUCCAGAUAAUAUUCAAGAGCUCAUAGCCGAAACUGUGGGGUGA